CACGAUGACACUUUAUUUAUAGUGUUUGUUACUCCCAUUCUUGAUACAUUUUCCCCUUCUAUCAAAGCAUCUUUGGUUAUUUCAAUGGUAUUUCAUAUCUAAAUCACAACUAUUUGAUUAAUGAGCCUUUAAUAGACCUAGGCUGUGUAUUUGUACUAUUUGAUGCCUUCUUGGUAUAUUUUUUUUUUAUGGUUUUGAAGGUACAAAGAAACCUAAGGAAGAUUGGAUCAAGCAUUGGAGAACUCUGGAGGACCAAAGAGCUAUACAAGGAAGAAUAUGAAGCUUUUCAUGAGAAAUAAGAGGUUCAAUGAUAGAGAAGUCUACUAGGAGUUGCUAUAUAAUCACAAAAUAAGUCCAGAGGAGGAAGACUCGGCCCAAGAUGAAGAAAGAACGAGAGAUGUGUCAACUUUUGGUCCAACUGCCGCUAAGAAUACCCGACCCAAGGUGUGCCCAAAAUCUAAGGGGAAUUCCUCCAUGAAUUAAGGAUCCCAACCCACAAAGAAAAUAGUGGCGACCCCAACCACCGGUAUACCACCAACAACCUUAAUGCUCCCGGGAAACUUCUUUAGCAAGCUACUUUGUCCAGAAAUUGAUGGAAAAUCGACUUCAAGUCGGAUAAGGAAGGCUUCGGCCAAUUUUAGGAGAAAAAGUCCCUUUGUAUCCACUCUCUCUUGUACUAUAAAUAGGUGCAUAGACUUCUGUUAGAAAACACCUUUUUACACCUCAGAACUGCUAAAGCUCUGUCGGAGUGAGGAGAGAAUGACUCAUUUGUUGUAUGAUCCUUCUAAUUCUCACAUGGCUAGCUAGAUCUUUGUUUUUUGGGUGUUGAUUCGAUGAUGUGAUGUACUAUUUUCUAUGAGUUAAUAAGAUUUCAUAAAGCAUCAAUGGUCCUUCUUGGAGCAUCAAUGGUCCUUCUUGGAGCAUCAAUGGUCCUUCUUUAUAUGCUUGGUCUUGUUAUGGUGCAUUACUAUGUGUGUUGAUUAUACUACUACCAUGAGAGACAGAAAUUAAUCUAUGAGUAGGCUUCAUUUCUAGGCAUGCAUUAGGGAGAAGUACAACCCUCUAAUGUUCGAAUAGUGAUGAUGCUCGAUAUCCAAAGAUCCCCAAUACCAUAGGCCAUCGUUAUGAUUCAUAGAGGUCCACAAUUACGAUGCACUAUCUUUACUUUCUUCUUGUUCAUUAAUUAGUUGAUGGCAUGAAAUGGAAGCACACAUUAGCUAGUUGAAUUCCCAUAGCAAGAGGCACAUGCACGGUAAUAUGAUCUCAAUUUGUCCAUUAAAACGACUAGAAUUGAUAGAUCAUGAAGGCAAGCCAGGCAUGUUAGAAAAUACUGAUUUUUGCUCUAAGUGUUUAUGACGAUUUCAGGUACCCACUUUGGACAAGCAUAACUCUCACUUGGUGUGGUAGAAAUUCGAGUUCUUUGGCUUGUGAUGAAGAAGAGGAGCUGCUCUUUCGAUUGGUGUACUUUAGAGCUCAAGGGGAAGUUCAGAAGCUGAGCUUUCAAGGUGAUCAAUAUGCUAGCUCAAUACUGGAGACACUGCCAGAUUUGCCUAAGUAUGGAAGCAGAGUUGGGAAGGGAUCUUUGAAGCUCGAGUUGUGGAAGAUGGGAAAUAGUCGAGCUUCCAAAUUCACACCCCAUGAAAGCUGGUUUCUUCUAGUUUAUCGACAAGGUAUUGGUUGAUCGAGGUGAUGGCCUGAAGGGCUCGAACGAGGGGACUAAAGAUCGCUUCGAGACUGAAGAUUCUGUCUGGAGGAUUAAGUAAUCUGAAUCCUAGUCGGAUUAGGAUUAGUAGAUAGUUUUAGCUUAAUUGGUUUCCACGUAGACUUUUGCUUCCCUUUUCCAAGUAGAAUUGUAAUUGAACUUCUUUAAACGUUGUUAGGAGUUGCUAGGUCUAUUUAAGUGGAGUUGAUUCAUUGUAAUAGUUAGUUUUUGAUCCAUUGAAUACAAAGUUGAGCUUUGAUUCAUCUCGCAAGUUUGCUUGAGGAAUUGAGUUGGAUUGCUUGGAGGAUUCUAAGCAAUCGUGAGCUUGUAUCAAUCAGUUCACCACCCUGAUCGUGUCCAAGCAUCGUCCUAAAGGUUUCGAGCCUCUUUCCCCUUGUGAAAGUUGCACGGAAACUCACCAUCUAAACCGCAAAACCAACUCUGUUUUGUGGGUUCUUGUUCGAGACCAUCAAUCUGAGGUUCUAGACCUCUUGGCUGCGUGAAUUGAGCUGAAACCCUACGUUGGGGUUUAUCAAGUGGCAUCAUCACCUAGUUCAAAUGCAGUGGACAGUACGACGGACGCCGUUGCUGAGUCAACCCGUUGGACGAGAUCAAAAGGCCCUGUUUCCAGUGACCCUGCAAUCCGACGUCAGGAAUUGAAAGAACAAAUUGAAGGGCAAUCCAUGGUGGGGCAAACGUUUAAUAUGGAUGAACUUCUUGAUCGGAUGGGGUAGCGAUUCCAUGUUGAAUUCCAGUAGCAAUUAGGUCAGUUCAAGAGGGAAGUUGACCAGCGGUUUGACACAAUCAACCGGCCGAGAGUCCGCGAAGAGGAAGUUCCCGGCGACGCAAAUCCAGUAGGCCACCAGGAGUUACUGGACAGGAUUGCAAAAUUGGAACAACGACUUGUCGUCGCAGAACCCCAUCACGAUCGUCCACGUCGAGAGCGGCGUGAUAAUCGAGAAGUAUAUCUGCUGGCGAUUCCACCAGGGAUCAAAUUGGCUGUGCCGGCAUUUCAUGGCAUGAUCAAUGCCUCAGCAUAGAUGGACUGGGAGCGAAAAAUGGUUCUUUUCUUCCAGUGUGGGCAUUAUACAGAACAACAAAAGGUGGCUCUAGCUACCUUCGAAUUCACUGACUAUGCAGCUCAGUGGUGGGAGCAAACUCGUCUCCGUCGACAGCGGAAUUUGCAUCCAGAAGUAACGGACUGGGAAGAGCUGCGAGGAUUGAUGCGUGAUCGGUUCGUGAUGGCAUACUAUCAGAGGGAGCUCCACGAAUCGUUGCAAGCGAUUCGACAAGAAGGGCGUAGUGUGGAUGAGUACUUCCGCGAAUUGGAACUACUGCUGAUGCGAACCGAUGUGCGCGAAGACAGGGAGGCAACCAUUGCGCGAUUCCUCCAUGGAAUGAACCGAGAGAUAACGCAGGAAGUGGACCUGAGGUCAUUUGUGGACCUAGAAGACGCUUUGCACCUUUCCUAAAAAGCGUAGUAUAGCGGGCUAGGUUUAUAUGUCAACCCGGAUCCUAGAUCUGAUGACUACUCAGUGAGUUCUAGUUAUCUAGCAAUGAAACUGGAAUGCAAGUCUAAACUACCAAACAAACAAAGCAAGUAAACUGUUGUAUUCAGGUUAAAGAGGUCACCCGGAUAUGGUUCCCCCUAGACUGCAGUUAAGCCGGAUUGUAAUUACCAAGUUCAGUUUCUAUGAUAGUUAUACUGCGGAAGGUUCUUAAACAGCCUGAAGUCUCGACUAAAGGUCUUCAGACCCUCUCAAUCUGAGUCUCUAGCGGGCGACUAACCUCCACCGGAGUAAACAGAUUGAGGCCUUAACAAACAAAACCUCCACUACCGGAGUAAAUCCGGUACAGAAUAGUGAGUUGGCUCCUCGACUAAAGUCACCAACUCCCUACCUUCAAUCAAGGAUACUCUAUUAACCUAGUCAGAUAUUCUCAUUCCAGGUUAAAGCAGAAACAACAGGAAUUUGAUCAGGAUUCAAGUCAUUCAAUCAUUAAAACCUCAAUCGAAUAUAAUCAAUCAUGGAAUCAUUACUUGGGUUCAUACUACAAACCUAACAUAAAAAUCCAGGGUUCUCCAUACCCAGAUGAAUGGAAGAACUACUCCAUGGAGAAGUAAGCAAAAGCAGAAUCAGACGCGGAAUUCAUACUGUGAAGGAUGGAUUCCUGCUCCUGGACGUUGAUCGGCACUUCUCCAAGCUCAAGCUGGCCUCCAAUGGUGUUGAAGAUCAAUCUAGGGCACUUGGAGACUCUUGUUCGUCGCUUUCUCUCUCUAGAAAUCGCUCUCUUUCUCAAAAACCCGAAUCCUCCCGAAUUGUGGCUGAAAUUCUGCUUAAAAGGAGAAAAUCCCGACUCACACGGCCUGGGUGGCACGGCCGUGCAGCUCACCCAGUUGCCCGUGUCAGUCAAAACGCUGCGUUCCAAUUAGUUCGAAUUACAGGCUCUUUGCACGGCCAGAGUGGAACGGCCGUGUGAACAUCCCUUCUUGCCCGUGUUUGCUCUCGCAGAAUGUGGCACGGCCAACCCGGCCACUUGCACGGCCGUGUGGAUCUUCUGCUCUGCCCGUGUCUGCUCUCGCAGAAUCCCACACGGCCAAACCACUCCUUCACACGGCUGUGUGUACAUCAGGGCAGCCCGUGUGACCUCCUUUGUGGCUUGUCUCGCACCCGAUCUUCACCCAAUCGACCCCGAACUCGCUCCUAAACCUUCAUUCACUUGCCAGGACCUGAAAUAUCACAAACAAGCACAACCUAGCGUGAAAUCGGUCUAAAACACGAGAAACCACAUCUCCAACGGUGUAAGAACAGGGGUGAAAACAUGUGUAACUAACGGUCUAUCAAACUCCCCCACACUUAACCGUUUGCUUGUCCCCAAGCAAACCUAACUCAAACCAAUGCAACUCUCCAGACCUCUAUAGCAACAAACAACCUAGAUCGUAGGUAGAGGACUUCCUAGAUCAUUUAGCAACUUACGAGGUCAACCGACGCACAAGUCAUCUCAUAGCUUCUUCGGCGAGAGCACUAGCAUCGAGUCGCCAUCAUGGCAAACAGUGAACAGAGGACAAAUGAAUUGUGGAUGAAAAGAUUCUCAAAAACAAAGGAUCAUGGACUCACAUUUUUCAAGGUGCUCUAUUUUCUUUGAAGAUGGUUGGAACCCCUUUUUUUUCUGUUUUGCUUGUUUUCUGUUAUUUUUCUUUUCUUUUCUUUUCAAGGGUCCCAACCUGCUCUUACCGGCCAUACUGAGCAGGCAAUUGCAAGGAACACGUACUUGGAGCCCUCAAAUUUAAAAAUUUGGACAGUGGACUAGGCUCCAAGCACACAAACAGAUCUAAUGCAGUCAAAAGAUAAACAGUAGAGUCGAGU